AUAUUCCAGGAAUGUAAGCUUUUGGAAAACUCAUCCAACGCAAAACACCCCAUCCAAGAUGACGAAGAGAACUAAAAAGGUUGGUGUGACCGGUAAAUAUGGCGUUCGUUAUGGUGCCUCUUUGCGUCGUGACGUCCGCAAGAUUGAGGUUCAACAACAUGCUCGUUAUCAAUGCCCCUUCUGCGGUCGUAACACCGUGAGACGUUCUGCUGCUGGCAUCUGGAACUGCAAUGCUAAGGGCUGUGGUAAGGCUAUGGCCGGUGGUGCUUGGACUGUUACUACUCCUGCUGCCACUAGCGCUCGCUCUACUAUUCGCCGUCUUCGUGAAAUGGUCGAAGUCUAAGCCUAGUAGACUAUUUUUCCAGUUACUUACAUUCAUUGAAUUGAGGUGCAAUUACGCGCGAUGCGGGAUA